UUUUUCCUGCUGUACUGGGAGUUUGGGAGCCCUUCAGCACACAACAUCAACCUGCUGCCAUCUGGAAUGGUGCUGACUCUGCACGUUGAGCCACAGCCAUGGACUGUGAUGACACUGUCACUGCUGAGGUCUGCAAUGAGGCUGAUGUUGGGGAUGGAGAGCUCUUGGAGGUGGUGGUGGCUGGAUUCCCAGUGCUGCUGGUGAGGAACAGGAUGGAGUUCAGGGCCCUGGGCAGCAAAUGCCCUCACUAUGGUGCCCCACUCAGCAAAGGAGUCUUGAAAGGGGAGAGGCUGCGCUGCCCCUGGCACGGCGCCUGCUUCAACAUCCAAAGCGGGGACAUCGAGGAAUACCCCUCUCUGGACUGUCUCCCCUGCUUUAAGGUAACAGUGGAAGGUGGAAAGGUGUUUGUUACAGCAAAAAAGAAGGACCUUGAGAGCAGCCUGAGGGUGAAGGACACAAGCAAGCAAUGCCUCCUGAACCAGCACACCAUGCUGCUGCUGGGGGGAGGUGUGGCUGCCCUGGUGUGUGCAGAGACACUUCGCCAAGAGGGUUUCACUGGCAGGAUCAUCAUGGCAACCAAAGAGAAACAUGUUCCAUAUGAUAAGUCCAAACUGAGCAAGGUAAUGAACUUGAAAGCUGAGGACAUCUACCUGAGGAAACCUGAAUUCCUCAAAGCUCGUGGCAUAGAGCUCUGGACAGAGAAAGAGGCAGUGUCAGUGGAUUUCCAGAAGCAAAAAGUCCACUUCAUGGAUGGAUCCUCUCAGAAGUACAAUCAGCUGCUCAUUGCAACAGGCAGCCACUCCAGCUUCCUCAGAGUCCCAGGUGCAGAUCUGCAGCACGUGUGUCUUCUCCAAACCCCAGAAGACUCCAGCAAGAUCUUAGAGCUGGCAACUGGGAAGAAUGUGGUGAUCAUAGGAGCUUCAUUCAUAGGAAUGGAGAUAGCUGCCUUCCUCUCAGAUAAGGCUGCUGCCAUCUCAGUGGUGGAAAGGAAGGAGUUCCCUUUCCAGGAAUCUUUGGGUCCUGAGGUUGGAGGAGUCGCCAUGAAGAUGCUGCAAAAUAAAGGGGUGAAGUUUUACAUGAAGACAGAACUCCGUGAGCUGAAGGGAAAGGAUGGAAAGGUCUCAGAGGCUGUUCUUGCCAGUGGAGAGAAACUACCUGCAGAUGUGGUAGUGAUGGGAACAGGGGUGUUCCCCAACUCAGCAUUUCUCAAGGACACCUCCAUUGCCAGGGACCACAGCGGUGCCAUCCUGGUGGAUCUGCAUAUGCAGACCAACAUCCCCAAUGUCUUUGCUGCUGGGGAUGUGGUCUCUUUCCCUGUUGCCCUGCUCAAUGGGAAGAGGUCCAGCAUCCGUCACCAGCAAGUGGCCGAGGCCCACGGUCACAUUGCUGCCUUGAACAUGCUGCAGAAAAAGAAGGAGUUGCACACUGUUCCCUUCUUCUGGACCACGAUGUUUGGGAAGAGCAUCCGCUAUGCAGGCUGUGGGGAUGGAUACACAGACACUGUUGUGAAGGGCAGCCUGGAGCAACAGAAGUUCCUGAUCUUUUACAUCAGGGAUGGUGUGGUGACUGCAGCUGCCAGCCUCAACUGUGACCCCAUGGUGUCUCUGGUUGCAGAAGUCUUAUAUUCAGGGAAGCAAAUCUCUAAAGAGGAAGCAGAGGCCUGUGAUGCCUGUAACAAACCCUCAGCAGCAGAAACCUGAGCUCAGGAUGUGUCCUGCUGUGAGGGGCACGGAGUCAACCAAGCACUAGCAGCUCCACAGCCUCCCACCCUGGCACAGGAGAAAUAAAAUGAUGAGCAAAGCUGA